CCUUGAAAAAUACGGGUACUUUGAGUCCUCGCAUCAAAGACUGGGCUCAUCCAAAUUCUCGGAGGCCAUUCGGGAAUUCCAGUGGGUAUCUCGCCUGCCCCUCAGUGGCUCCCUCGAUGCCUCCACCCUGCACCACAUGGGUCUCCCCCGAUGCGGCGUGAACGAUGCGGAGAGCCAUGCCUCAUGGAAGGAGCGCACACUUGCCCUGUUCUCGGGACGGACGGCCCAGGGAGGGCGCCGAAAGCGGUUCUUGCAUCAGAGUGGCAAAUGGUACAAGCGACAGCUGACAUACCGGCUCGUAAACUGGCCCUGGUACUUGCCGCAGCAGCAAGUCCGCCUGGCGGUAAAAGCCGCCUUUGAGCUCUGGAGCAACGUCUCUGGCUUGGUUUUCUGGGAAGCACUGGGGGAUCCGGCCGACAUUCGCCUGACCUUCUUCCAAGGGGACCACAAUGACGGGGCAGACAAUGCCUUCGAUGGACCAGGGGGCGCGCUGGCCCACGCCUUCUUCCCCCGCCGGGGCGAGGCUCAUUUCGACAAUGACGAGAGGUGGUCGCUGGACAGCGGGAAGGGGCGCAACCUCUUUGUGGUGGUGGCGCACGAGAUCGGGCACACGCUGGGCCUGGAGCACUCGCCGGUGCGCGGCGCCCUCAUGUCGCCCUACUACAAGCGGCUCGGCAAGGAUUUCAUCCUGAGCUGGGAUGACAUUCUUGCUAUCCAGAACCUGUAUGGGAAGGCUCACCGUGGCCCGGUCGUCCAGCUCCCAGGAAAGCUCUUUGCACACUUCCAGGACUGGAGCCAGGAUCUCGACGGGCGCCGGCACCAGGAUCCCAGCCUCAGUUCUCACUACUGCUGGUCAUUCUUCGAUGCCAUCACCAUCGAUUCACAAGACGACCUGUAUAUCUUCAAAGGUGGAUAUUACUGGCUUGUACCCAAGGGAGGAAAAGCGCAGGGGCCACACCCCCUCCGGACGAGGUGGCUGGGGCUGCCACCCACCCUCGAUGCAGCAACCUUCUCCAAGAAAGACGGGAAAUUCUAUUUCUUCAAAGGUGGCCGAUGCUGGCGCUACAAAGGCCCCUCGCCGGACGCGGGUUUCCCCCAGAAGUGCAGCGAUGCGGGCGACCUGCCCCGCCACCCGGACACGGCCCUCUACUUCCAGCCGCUGCACCAUGUGGUCCUUUUCAAAGGCCCCAAAUACUACGUGGUCGACGAGGAAUCCUUCCAAGUGGAGCCGUACUACCCCAGGAGCCUGCAGGACUGGGGAGGGGUGCCAGCCAUGGCCAACGGCGCUCUCACCCUCUGGGACGGCUUCGUGUACUUCUUCCGAAGUGACCAGUUCUGGAAAUUCGACCCGGAGAGGCUGCAGGUGGUGGAAACGGGGAAAUGGGCCAAGCAGGUGUCCUGGCUCGGCUGUCGGGACCCGGGAAUCAAUGAGGCUGCAGUUUGAGCCUCCAGACCGCCGAAGGUCCUGGACAUAUUCCAGUUUGGAGGAGGCCCACAUCCUGUCUUGCAGUUUGCCUUUCAUUUGGUCAUGAGACGGACGGACGGACGGACGAACUGUGGCCUGACUCAGCUGUGCAGUUGCAGGAGAAAAGACGAGCAAGCAAACCACACGUGGCUGCAAAGGUCUCACGCUGCUCGGAUCAUCCACUACUUGAACCUCACUCUCGGGUGUUUGCCUUUCAGUUGCU